GAAGAAGAAGAAGAAGAAGAAGAAGAAGAAGAGCGAGAGGAGGAGGAGAAAAGGAAACAUUUCAUGACGUAGAAAUACAGCGCCGGAGCAGCUAGAACUGCAGCUAGCUACAUUAGCUUACGUUUAGAAAGAAGAUAAUUGACAACUUCCCAGCUCAUGAUGGUGGGUGUUUUAUCUGGUUAGAUGGUCCAGGGGCCGUCCCGGUGCCUCGUAGUUGUUUGGAUUAGUCUCAAUCGGCAGUCGUCAUGGCAGAGGAGGAGGAUUUGUCACCAAACCUUCUGACAGAGGAGAUGAAACUAAGCAAUGGCGACCUCGUAGCUCCAGAAGGUUUAUGCUGGGUGUCAGUGCUGUCCUGUCUGCUGCUUGCUUGUUCCUAUGUUGGAAGUUUGUACGUGUGGAAGAGUGACCUGCCUAGGGAUCACCCUACUGUGAUAAAGAGACGCUUCACCAGUGUGCUGAUUGUGUCGUGCCUGUCGCCUCUCUUUGUGUGGGCAUGGAGAGAAUUAACAGGUGUCAGGACUGGCCCGUCCUUACUGGCUCUCAUGGGGAUCCGGUUUGAGGGCCUCAUUCCUGCCAUCAUACUUCCUCUGGUGCUCACCAUGGUCCUGUUUCUGGGCCCCCUCAUGCAGCUGGCCAUGGACUGUCCCUGGACCUUCAUAGAUGGGAUCAGGGUAGCCUUUGACCCGUGGUUCUGGAUGUUGUGUUUCAGUGACAUGCGCUGGUUGAGGAAUCAGGUGGUAGCACCGUUAACAGAGGAGUUGGUUUUCAGGGCCUGCAUGCUGCCCAUGUUGGUGCCCUGUGCUAGCCCUUCUGUUGCCAUCUUCACCUGCCCCCUCUUCUUUGGAGUGGCUCACUUCCACCAUGUAAUCGAGUUGCUGCGGUUCAGGCAGGGGACACUGUCAGGGAUCUUCCUCUCUGCAGUCUUCCAGUUCUCCUACACAGCGGUGUUUGGGGCCUAUACUGCCUUUAUCUUCAUCAGAACAGGUCACCUGAUGGGCCCAGUCCUUUGCCACUCCUUCUGUAACUACAUGGGUUUCCCUGCCAUCAGUGCAGCCCUCGAGCACCCCCAUCGCUUCACCGUCCUCUCCUCCUACCUGCUGGGGGUCCUCUUCUUCCUCCUCUUCCUCUUCCCCUUCACUGACCCCUCCUACUAUGGCCUCCCCACACCAGUCUGCACCCUCACCUCAUCCCCCACUUCCCUCUGCCUCUCCUGAUCCCUGCCCCCACACACACUUGAUGAAGCAGUCGAGGGUGUUUUUUUGCCAAGUUAGAGAUCAGGUCAGGUCCAGUUUGGACCGACACGGUAACAGCCAUGUGAGCUACAUUGCCAUGGAGAGGUGAGGAACUCUGUACCCAUCUUCUAUGGUCUAUGGACCCUUGAUAUGUCAAGACAUUUACAUGACAUAUUUCAGAGAAUCAGCUGAAGCUUUUACACAGAAGGACUGAGUUUAAGUAGGUGUGAUUCAUGUUGCUGUGCGUGAACCCCUAGACCGUCCCCUUUCAAGGACAGCUUCAGUAAUUGUUGGGCUAUGCUGCCACCCUGAAAUGUCAUUGUAGUGUAGACAUAGGCAACACUGAAGGAUAGUUCCUCCUCAGAUCCUCUUAUGCUGGUAGAUCUCAUCAAUUUGUGAUGAAGCGUCAUAAUGUACCAUUUUGGUGUACUCAUUUUCUACUCAGUCUGUCUGGUCUUUUAAAGGAUAAUUCUAGUUUAUUUUAAUGUUGAUUUUAUUUUUGUAGUUUUAGGCCAUCAUUCAGCCAUUGAUUAUAAUACCAUUUUGCUAUAAUGAUUGUCAGUAUUGGCCAAACUUAAAUCCAGUAUCAGUUCUAAUUAUUAUAAAUAUUUCAAGUGAGCUCACUUUCAGUUUGAACCCCAACUAAAGUGAUUUAGAUAAUCUAGAUAAAACUGUUGGUUUGUUCACAGCAUGUCUGAUUGUGUGACUGAGGUUCCUUCUACUUAUGACCAGUAUUAAUGAUGGCCCAAUCUAUGAAAAUAAAGUUAUGCUUCCCAACUGGUAUUGACAAAGCGCUGGGUUUCAGGUUGUGCAAUGGCCAUUUUGUUGUGUAACACUUUGGGUUGGGGUUCAUGUUGGGUUAUUUUCAAAUGUAGUUUUUCGCAUUAGCCUGGUGAGCUAAUGGUCAGUAUUGAAUGAGGUAAAGAAAAAUUAGCUUCAGGUCUCAGGUUAGAUUUGGGCUUUUAAAUUUGGCUGUACCAGUCAGGCUUAGUUGGAUCUAAAACAAGUGGGUACUGGGUUUGGUUACCAACUUUAGGCUCCUUUUGUAGGAAACCCAGAAUUGUCCUUUAUUGCCUUUGAGGAAGACAUGGACAUUGUUACUUUCAGCUGUGGGUUGUUGGAGAAACAGUUCUUUCAGUGAACACAGUUAGAGUCACAACCCUUACUACAAACUCAACAGGUCUUGUGGCUUCACUGCAUUCUGGUCUACAUGGAUAUGUUAGGAUUCUUGUUAAAUGUCAAUUAACCUUGCUGUAACUGCACUGGAGCACAGGAAUGUUGGUGUGAUGUUGAAAUAGGAAAAAGACAUUUAGGAAAAAUGGUUGCAGGAAUAAGAUCUAUGUCACAAAUAGUUGUUUUUAAUGCUAUGCUUUUAAUAGUGAGGAUGGAUUUCUUCUUUAUCUGAACUCAGACUCCAGGACUUUGCUGUUGUAGAGAAUCUUUCUGCUUGAAUCGACCAUUGUUUAGUAUGUGAAGAGAAAAAUUAAUGGUUAUUUAUAUACCUCUGCAUGUUUUCAGUACUGGUACUUUGUAAUACUACUUUUGUUGGUGAAGGUGGGUGAUGGGAUAGCUCAUGUGGGGUCACUGUUGCUAAUGCCUGAAACAUACUCUAUAUAAUUGCACAAAUGCAAAUGACAAGGUAGUUCUACAGACUGGGCCUCUGUGACAGUUGUAAACAACCAAACAUGAACACUAAUCAAUGCAGACAGUUUGAUCCCAUUGGUACCUGCUGUACUGCCCCCCCAUAGUGACACCUAAAACUAAAUCUCACUCUUGGAUUAUGUUAAGGGCCCGGUCACACCAGCGUUUGUGAAUUCACACCCUUCCAUCAGUUUCAAACCUGUUUUCUGAUACCGACCAACUGGGCAAAGCAGGCAGUUAGCCUGGGACCCUGAAAGCCCAAGUUCAAUGUGUCGGUUGGUCUUACAUGAUAUAAAUAACUGCAAAUUUGGUUAGGUUAUUUUGUGUCAUUUAGGUUGCUUUCACACCUGUUUGGUUUGGUUAAAAUAAACCCUGGACUGUUCAGUGUGGUUUGUUUGGUUGUGUGAAAGCUGCCAUUCAAACUUUGGUGAUAACUAAACAACUCUUGCAUUAUUACCUAAACCUCUGGCCCUAUCUUCUUCAGGUGCUAGAGAACGCUACCUUUAAUCAAAUCAGAUUAAAAAAAUAAAAAAAUAAAAAUGGAAAAAAAAAAUCAAGAGAGUGCAAGUAGUCACUUCCAUGACUAUAGUGAGUAUAUCCCAAUGAAUUUCCCUGUGCCUCCUUUUGGUGUGACCGGGCACUAACAAUUUAAGGUGACAUGUUUUCAGACUUGGUAAGUGUCUGUGUUUGCGUCUUUACGCAGGGUAUGUUGUGGACUUAAAGCUGGAUAUUGUUAUGUGUUAUCAGCCUCUGGCUGUUUUUCAAGGAUCUUUGAGCUCCUAAAAUGGCCUCUAAGCCUUGUUGGCAUAUGACAGUUUUUAAUUGUUUUUUCAUUCCAUUCCAAACAUCUUGCUCAUAGGAUCUUGCAAUUUUUAAUCCAGUCGCUAUUAAAAUUUGGUUCUAUGAUUUCUUAGGCUGUCUCUUACUCAGUACAUUUGUAGAUUUAAAAGUUGUGAUCCUGCUCUCAUUCUCUUUUUUACUUUGGUUUUAUAUUGCAACUAAUUGAAGGGAGCGUAAAAACCCCAGCCCUCAGGUGUAGUUUAAUAGAGACAACAAUGCUCCAACCAGUGAUUGCAUGCUGCUACUUGAUGUUUUUAAUACAGAGCCAGGAAAAGUCAUUUGUGUUUCCACAUAUACACAUGUACACAGCUUUACUAAAAAAAAAAUGGAACCAGAAAAUACUCAGUUGAAAUUAGUCACCAGCACAUUACUGACUGAAGGGAAACUAAUUUAUUUAUGACCAGGGUUUCGUUUUCAUAGUUUUGGCCAUCAUUCCCAUCAGUUCAGAUAACAUUUGACUCACUAACACAGGUAGCUGCAGUAUUAAAACAGUCCAACAGGGCAACGACACAGGCAGUCAGAUGAUCAUACAGAUUCUAAGUAAAUCCACAGUGAGCCCAAGUUAUAUAAACCACUUAUUUUUACAUUACAUUAGAUUACAUUAAGGUACAGUUAGUACAGUCAGUUCAGAAAUCCAUGGCAAGUUGUUUAGUAUGAGCACUACCUGGAUUCGUCUUGAUUUUGGCAUGAGAUGUCCAAGACACUAUGACAGCUGUCACUCUUAUCAAAAAUGUACUUUGAAUGAAUAAAUAGGUGCGUUUCCACCACAGAAACUUUCCCCGGGAAACAAACCUUUUUGAGGAACUCAGUUCCCCUACCUGUCUUUGCACCACCGCAUCCAGGUUCUAAAUUAAGUUGGGGAGAUAGCUUUACCCCCAUAAAAGUCCCCGCUAAGUGGGCAGUACUUUCUAAGGUCCAGGAACUUUUGGGGUGGGCAUGCAGUGCUGAACAUUGCUGAUUGGUCAAGGUCGCCAGCAUCUUUUGCAACAUUGUUAUGCACCUGGCACUUUUAAAACCCACAACUGCAAACAUGUUGUUUUGCUUGCAGUUUGUGGUUGACAAUCAGGACGGAGCAGAUGAAGAGAUUCAUAUAUAGCUUUAUAGGCUGUCAUCAUACUGUAUUGUCAUGUGUACAAAUGUCAUGAAAGGCGACCAUCGUGCUUUUUAUAUGUCAGCAGACUAGUUUGCUUAAUCUUCCUCGGGCUUUGGCCCUGUUGUGGAUGCACGAAUCACAAUGUGCUGGAGAAACUUUUACCCCUAGGAAAAUUCCUGGACAUGAGUUUUUGGGAAAUUAAAGUUCCAGGAAACUUUGGUGGAGAAGCACCUCAUGUGUAGAAAAACUGAGCCUAUCCUUAACUACAUUGUUGAACCGACGUUCUAUUAAAUUGUGGUGUCUCCUCUGCAUCAGUUGGGUUACAAGUUAACAGGUUAAUUCAAAUUUGUUGUUGUGGUAAAGGUUCUGUACGUUAGUUGCAUUUGUUAAAGGCAGCAAGAAACUUCAACAUUUUAAUGGCAGUUUUUCCUUCCCCAGUGUCAAAUUCAAACCGUUUCAAUGCAUAGAUCAAAGGGUUUGUUUUCAUGGUUAUCUGUCCAACAUGGAUAGGGCAUUUUCCCCAUUUUGCCUUAAAUGUUCCCUGUAGAGUUUCUGACCACAGUAUGGAGUCAAGUCUUUACAAGUGGGUCCCAUUUUAUUUAUAUUGUGCACGUGUGGAAGGCAAAUUUGCAUUCUGCCACUGGUUUUAAGCUUUUUAUGUUGAUUGACAGGUGCUGGCAGUAAGGCUGCUAGAAACAGCAAUAUGCCAUCAAAGCCAGGAAAAGAGAAGACUGCUAGCUAGUAAACAUGGAUGUAAACAAUGCAGGAAGGAAAAUAGAGCUCACUAUACAUUUGCGUGAGAAACACUGAAUGUAAACAAAACUUUUGUUUGUUUUACAAGAAAACUCCACAGGGUAUCUUUAACGUAGAGGACAACAAAAGCCUUGUUUUCCGAUAAGACGAGGGCAUGUAACAGAUCAUAGUCACAGUUCAUUUUACAAAUGCCCCCCACAGGAGAACAACCUGUUAAGCUUAUCAUUACAGAACAAACAUGUAAUUAUGCCCCACAUUCGAAUGGUCCUUUUAAUUUUGAAUAAACAGAGACAGUCCUAAUUUGGAAUAAUUUGUAAUCAGUAAACCUUAUCUUCACCAGACCAUAACAACGUAGUUUGUCAUUAAAUGUCAUCAAAACUAGCUAUAAAACUAACAAAAUGAGACUCAACAUUUAAUUUUGGACAGUUACAGUUGUAUGCACUUAACUUCUGUGCAGUCUUGUACUAUUCUUGGUUUCUAGAGGGGUAUCAAGUUGCAUCACUGGCUUUUUUCUUUAAAAAUGUUGAUAUUUGAUUUUUCCUGACUUGAGAGUCAUGGGCACAGCCAGCUGGUGUGCUUGCUAUGAAAAAACUGAAUUGUAGACAUACAUGAUCAUUUCUUCAUCGGAGAAGUCUGAUUGACUCAUUACUCUCUCACUCCACUUGUUGAAGUUAUUUAUAGCUUAAAACUGGUGAUAUCUAAGACGCUUCUGAGAGUGACAAGACUCAAUGGCAUAAGCUAUACUCAUACUGUGAAGAAGUGGGUUGCUUGGAUCUUCAGCAAUAAAUCCUAUAUGUGGGAAUUUUGGACUUUUUUUAUAUCACUGUGCAGUAAAGUAGAAGAUUCUUUGCAUAGAACAGGGCCAUACGUGCAUAUUGGUUUUCUUGGUCAGUUAAAUUAUUCUUGGCAGUCAAUUGUUAAAGUUUACAAACCCUUGGCAGGUAGUGUAUUGUGAUGUGAGUUUUAUUGUACCUACCUGAAGCUGCCAGCAGAGGCCAUCAGAGCAUUUUGUGAAAGGCAGGGCUGCUGUGGUCUCAGUGAGGGGAACUGAGGACCACUACAUUCUGUUUAUCAGCCUAUCUGACAUAAGUCAUCUGUCACUGGAAAACCAAUUCACUUUAACUUAUUUGUCUUUAGAUUCUGCAAAGUUAUGCAACAACAGAGGAGACUGAUGCAGAGAGGAGGAGCCCUGUGGUGAGACUCUCACUGAUGUUAGUUUCCUAUUAAACAGUGUGAAAGCAGAGUUUCACAUCAUCCUGCCACCUACAUCCUUCUCUCUGAACUUCUCAGCUUACUACAUUUAAAUUGUGGGCAUUUGAUUGCUCUGCUAUAAAUUUAGAAGUCUGUGUUUUCUUACAAUCAAGAAUACAUAUUUACUGUAUGAGAUUCCUCCCUGAUCUUGGAUAUACAAAAUUAAUCAUGAAAAUAAAACGCCUUUUUAUUCACAUAUUAAGGGACAGUACAUCGGUCUCAGCAUAUCACCUUAAUGAGUUUUGAGUCCAUUUUAAUUAGUAUGGGAGUAUGGGAGAGUUCUAAUUUAGGAUUUCUCCACUAUUUCUUGCUUGUGACCUGUUUUUUUUAAAAAUCCCAAAUAUUCCCAGUAAUCCAGCAAUUAGUGAAUGUUAAGAUAUUAUGUGAACCUAAGUAUGGUAUAGUGUUUGAUUUCAAAAGCAAGGUGUGGUGCUCCAAAUUGAUCAUAGAUAAAUUCGAAUAUACUUCUACUUCAAACCUACUCAAAGCUGCUAUGUGUAGAUUUUACAAUACAUGUAAUAAUAGCAUCAGGGUUUUCCCUAGGUUUCUGGAAGGCUUGGAUGCUAUGGUGGUGUGUGUUUGCGCGGUAGACGGUGAGGGGUGUUUGGUCGGGGCGUUUUGGGGGUCCUCCCCUGAGAAAAUGUUAUGUUAUUUGAAUAAAAUCUAUGCGUUUUAACAUCAUUUUGGACCAUGAUCAUCUCAGUAUUUAUAAGAAAACACAGGUUGUUGUUUUUCACAGUACACUGACAUUAGCAAGAAGAAAAGUGAAACAAUUAAGCUCACCGAUGAAGUAAGAGCUAUGUUCUGAAGUAAUCCAUCACAUUUUCCUGAGUGAUUACACUGUGUGCCCUACAAAGUAAUAGCAGUAAAACAAGGAUUAUAGUGAAAGGAUUUGAACUAAAAUUUUGUCAUCCUUUCAUGACCAUCUGACAAUCUAACAGCAUUUUGCUUCUUAUAAAAAUUUCUGUUCGGUCAGACAUCUGUACGCAGGUUACUUCUUCACUAGCCACUAUCCAGUUGGCUGAGUUAGAGUUGCAAGUCACUGUAAUUCCUCUCAGAAUCGUUUUUUCUGACAGUUAACAUUUUCCAGACUGUCUUUUUGAGUUGAUCUCUGAUGGCUGUAAUUCUUGGCUGUUUGAUAGAUUUUCUCCCUGGUUCGUUUAUGAAGUAAAGACGUCAGGAGAUGCAAAGAACUCGUUUUCAUUAAUUUAUUUAAUCCUUGGCAACAAAACAUGUUCCACCAGCCUGCAGAAACUCCUUCGGGUUAAACUGGGCUAAUCAAACACUUUCAAGGCUGAUCAACUAUAAAAAAAAAAUUCACUAUAAACAGACUGAGAACACUUGCUAACCUAGCAACAUUAAGGCUAGAAACAGCCCAUAAUGUGACACAAAGAUCAUAUCUACACUUUUAUUUAAGUUUUUAUUUGUAGAAAAUAAACCAACUGUAGUUAAAAUUGGUUUUGGACUUGGGUGUCUAGUUUCAUGACAGUAGUUUCAUGACGCUGGCACAUAGCCUUGGUGUGUCGAUCCUGAUGUGUAUGUGUUAUGAUUAUUACGCCUACUCUCUCUGUCAUUUGGAGAGCCUUGGAUAUGACGUACAGACACAGAGACCCUAUAAUAUUGUACUGAUAAUUUCAGCGAUAUACAUGAAAAAUAAAAUAAACACACAGUUACAAAGAUAUAACAGAAUUUUAGUUGCAAUAUGAUUAAAUCCAAACCAAAAUACACGUAGAAAACGUCACAAGGUUUAAAUGCUAUUGACAGAGAAAUAUCAUAGGUAUAUCAUAAUAUAUAAUAGGGACAUUGGAAAUUAGGCUACGUAGGAUCACUGUACAUCACUGGUAGAUUUAGAGACUUAACAAAUAAGGAUAAGUAUAUUGUAGGAAUAAUAAACAGGGCCUGAAAUGAUAAAGUAAAUGAAGUAAUGCCUCCCAUUGGUCCCUUUUUUGAUGUUUCAACAUGCUGAUAGUAUUACCUAGCCGAAUGCUGCUCUAAUUUUUCAUGUAGACCGGCUGAGUAAUACCAAUAAUACAAUGCACACAGAUUUAGGAUUGGUUAAAUAAGCCACUUGAUACAGACACUAAGAUGUUGUAGUGGAUGCAUUUCUUUAUUCUCAGCUAAUGGAGUGUUUGUCCUCAGAUGAAUUGAAUUGUGAUAUGGUUCAUGAUUUCAGUAGCUAAGAUGGCAGCCACAAAGAUUAGAGC